UAUUGAUAUAGAAAUUGAUGAACUUGAUACAUUAAUUUCUCAGCUUCCAAAAGGUGAUCUUAGUGCGUAUGAAUAUCUUCACAUUGAGGAUGAGAUGUCAGAAGGUGGGCUUACUGAUACUGAAAUAAUUAAUACUAUAUUAAAUGCCGAUAAAGAAGAGGAUCAUAUGAUAGACGAAAUUGAUUUUACACCUAUAUUGGAAAAAGUUAGUUUAAUGGAAGCGGAAGAGGCUGUAGAUAAAAUUAUGAGAUUUUUAUAUGAACAAGAGUCAGAAUUUGGUGAAGUGAGUGAAGAAUUAAAGAUUUUAAGAAGAUUACAUAAACGGGUUAAAUUACUAAUG